CCUGAGAUGGUUGAGUCCAAUCACUGCCUACAGGUGUGUCUAAUUAGAGGCAAACAAGGUUUUAAAGAAUGAGUCUCCGUCUUGUGUGUGGCAGUCCAGAUAAGCAGGACAAGUAGCUGCAAAGAGUGGGCGGAGUCUUAUCCCCGGCGCUUCUUGUGACGUAGAGCCCACCCGCUGGUCACGUGUUCCCAAGCGUCCAAUCAGCUGUCAGGAAGCUUCCCUUGGCGCAGAAGGAGAUCCCUGAAGUGAAGACGAGGCAAGCGUCCAUCUUUGCGUCGGGACCGGGAAAAGCAGCAGAACGCCAACAUGUCAGUCGCGGGCUUCAAGAAGCAAUUCCACAAAGCCACUCAGAAAGUGAGUGAGAAAGUGGGCGGAGCCGAGGGCACCAAGCUGGAUGAGGACUUCACCGAGAUGGAAAAGAAGGUGGACACCACCACCCGGGCGGUGAUGGACAUCAUGACCAAGACUACGGAGUACCUGCAGCCUAAUCCAGCCACCAGAGCCAAGAUGAGCAUGAUGAACUCCAUGUCUCGCAUGCGCGGCCAGGAGAAGGGACCAGGCUACACCCAGACGGAGGCCAUCUUGGGAGAGUCCAUGCAGCGCUUCGGCCGGGAGCUCGGCGAGGAGUCUAAUUUUGGCGUGGCGCUCAUCGACGCCGGAGAGUCCAUGCGGGAACUGGCGGAGGUGAAGGACGCUCUGGACAUGGAGGUCAAACAGAACUUCAUCGACCCGCUGCAGAACCUACACGAGAAAGACCUGAAGGAGAUCCAGCAUCACCUGAAGAAGAUGGAGGGCCGGCGUCUGGACUUUGACUACAAGAAGAAGCGUCAGGGCAAAGUGACGGACGACGAGUUGAAGCAAGCCUUGGAGAAGUUUGACGAAUCGAAGGACAUCGCCGAGCUCAGCAUGUUCAACCUGCUGGAGAGCGACAUCGAGCAGGUGAGCCAGCUGGCGGCGCUGGUCCACGCUCAGGUGGAGUACCACACCCGGGCCUCCGAAAUCCUCACGCAGCUGUGCAGCAAGAUCGAUGAACGGAUAAAGGAUUGUUCCAACAAGCCCAGGAAAGAAUACGUCACCAAGCCUCGCACGCAUCUGGACUUCUCCAUCAGCGAGAACCACAACGGAGGCAUCCACAGCGCUCGCUCUCCAGCCCGGUCACCAGCGCCCAUGGACCAGCCGUGCUGCCGCGCGCUCUACGACUUCGACCCGGAGAACGAGGGCGAGCUGGGCUUCAAGGAGGGCGACAUCAUCACCUUGACCAACAAGAUCGACGACAACUGGUACGAGGGGAUGCUGCACGGCAACUCGGGCUUCUUCCCCAUUAACUACGUGGACAUUCUGGUGCCGCUGCCCCACUAGAAGCCACCACCUCGUCAAAAUGCCCGCUGGAAAAAAAGACGACAAAAAGAGAAACAAUCCAAAUCCCGCCCGCGAGUUACACCUCCCGAUUAAACUAGAGGGCGUGCAAUAAAUAGUAGGCCAGCGUCCAAGCCUUCUGAUGACGGAUAAAAAAAAUAAAAAAGUUAAAAUCAGCAUAGACAAGGUAGCCACGCCCCCUCCUUCCAUCAUUCUCUCACGUUUCUUCGUUCCAUUUCCGCAUCGCACUUCGUACUUUGUGAACGUCACCGCAGUAGCUAGAACUUUCUCGACAUAACGUACACAAUGUUUAUCUAAGCAUGAUCCCAGUUUGUUUUCUUCUUGUUGUUGUUGGUUGGCUUUAACAUUCCUGUCAAAACGGCGUCCAGACAGCAAAAUGAGCAUACAAAGUGACGACGAGAGCUGCUUUUUUCCCGCUGGUUUUACUCUUAAAGCCAGUCUGUGACUGUGUGAUAUUCCACGUCUGAGCCAGUCAUUCGUCAAGUGGUGAUUUUGGGAAGAACUCGUUCAUUCCUUACCAUUGUUUAGUUUUUUUCCCCGCUGGUUUGACUCUGUGACUGUGUGAUAUUCCACGUCUGAGCCAGUCAUUCGUCAAGUGGUGAUUUUGGGAAGAACACGUUCAUUCCAUACCGUUUUUUUAGUUUUUUUCCCUUCCCCUUUUUUUUUUUUUUUUCUUCAAAAAAAUACGCAAAUUGUGUGCAAAAUGGUGGUUGUGUUGUGAUUAUCUAACGUGUAGAGCUCUGCUUUUGUUUAGUUUUUUAAUCCCUCGCUCCGCGGCGGGAUUUGUUGGUUUUUGCUGCAUCCUCACUCGUCCGAUGAGUAUUAUCGUAGUUUAGCUGGUGGAAGGAGUUAAAAAAACAAACAAAAUUAAAAAAAACAGCGGACGAUCGCUGGGCAGAGUGAGACGUCUUUUGUUUUUGUCUUAACUGUGAGAUAUUUACCCUUUCAUAUCAUCAUUGUAGCUACUGGUAAUAAAAGUAGGUAACAAAGUAAGUCAAAUGAUUCCCUUCUUGUAGGACUGUUGUGCUUAUGGGAUGUCGAUGGGGUUGUCCGACACGAUAACGCCGCCUUUUAGUUGGGAAAAGCUGAGAACAAAAACUGACCGUGUUGUAUUUUAAUCGUCAAAAAGACGUCGGAUUGAAGCUCGUGAUUAUUCAUCCACUGGCCAAAUGUUGGGAGCCAUUUCAACUGUAGCCAAUCAGACGAAGAACUUGAACUUCACUGCAAUGAUGCCUCAGUGAGUGCAUGGCCCACCCACUGGCUGUAUUAACUAAUGCUGGUUCUUUUAUAACACAUGAGCUGCAAUUCAAAUUAAUAGUUGGCAUAUACAAUUGUUUAGGGUUUUUUUUUUUUUACCUAGUUGAACAGAAAUGGUAAGUGAGUGCAUGGCCCAUUCACUAAAACUGGUUGUUUUAUAACAAACUCGCUGCAAUUGAAAUGAAUAAUUGGCAUAUACAAUUGUUUGUUUUUGUUUUUUUUUACAUAGUUGCACAGAAAUGGUAAGUGAGUGCAUGGACCACUCACUGGCUGUAUUGAUAAAUACUGGUUGUUAUAUAGCAAACGAGCUGCAAUUAAAAUGAAUAGUUGGCAUUUACAAUUGUUUAGUUUUUUUUUUUUUUUUUACAUAGUUGCACAGUAAUGGUAAGUGAGUGCAUGGCCCACUCACUGGCUGUAUUGACUAAUACUGGUUGUUUUAUAACAAACUCCCUGCAAUUAAGAUGAAUAAUUGGCAUAUACAAUUGUUUAGUUUUUUUUUUUUUACAUAGUUGCACAUAAAUGGUGAGUGCAUGGCCCACUCACUGGCUGUAUUGACUAAUACUGGUUGUUUUAUAACAAACGAGCUGCAAUUAAGAUGAAUAGUUGGCAUAUACAAUUGUUUAGGGUUUUUGUUUUUUUACAUAGUUGCGCUGAAAUGGUGAGUGAGUGCAUGGCCCACUCACUGGCUGCAUUGACUAAUACUGGUGGUUUUAUAACAAAAUAGCGGCAAUUAAAAUGAUUAGUUAGCAUAUACAAUUGUUUGUUUUUUAUUUUGCAUAGAAAUGGUAAGUGAGUGCAUGGCCCACUCACUGGCUGUAUUGACUAAUACUGGUUGUUUUAUAACAAACUCACUGCAAUUAAAAUGAAUAGUUGGCAUAUACAAUCGUUAAAGUUUUUUUUUUUUUUAACACAGAUGCACAGAAAUGAUAAAAGAACGUUCAACUUAUUUGUGGCGGUAAUAGGCGGAGGUUGCUACAGCUGCCCACUCCUUAUACGACCACAAAAUUGGUAACGACACGUCAACUCAGAAUUUGGCCAAGAUAUGAAUAAUGCGAGGCUUUAUUGUCAACCUUGUACUUGUUGUGACGGUAACAAGAGUCGUCUUUGCAUACUUAAAUCCCCCGAACUGACCUUUGACCUGUUGCGUUCCUAUUCCCGUGUUACUAAUGUAUCCUAAAGCGCAUGCGAGUAAAUAAUGAACCACGGAAGAGGUGGGGAAGAAGAGUAAAAGUAGUCUUCUUGUCCCGGUGCGAUUAAAAAAAAUCUCAUCUCUUUUUUUUCCGUGAGGCGUCGCUGUUGUUUUGCUUGUCUCGCCAGGCCACGCCCCCUUAAAGGAUGCUGGCUGCUCCGCCCAUUUUUUUCCCAGAGCGUUGACUACAAAAUGGACUUGUGUGUGUGUGUGAGAGAGAGAGAGGGAGACAGUGUGUGUUUAUUUUACGCAUCUUUUCUUUUGAAGGGGAAGCACAACUGUCAGUAUAUUUUGUUGGCUAAAAAAUAAAGAGGUUAUUAUUUUUUUGAAAAUAAAUGUUUUUCUCUUGCCACUUUUUUAAAAGAAUACAAGGUGUGUAUCUUUGCCCUCAAUGAGGACUGCUGUACAGCUUUGGUGUGUGUUUGCUUUUCACUCGGAACGUGCGAGUGUGUUUGGUCGCUCAUCUACUAUAUCAACGUACCUUAUUUUGUUUCCGUGACACCAUUAUAUAUAGAUGUGUGUGUAUAAAUACAUAUAAAUAUAAAUAUAUAUAUAGGAACACCAGGAUAAUAUACGGAAAGAAGAGAUUCUCUGUGCUGCACAUGAUUGUUUUCUUUCUCUCUCUUUAACUUCACUCUGGACGAGGAGUGUAUGCUUGAUGUGAAGACAAUGUGAUCAAAGUCAAUGUCAUUUAUUCCAAUAAAUACAAAUGCUGAUUAGCA